CAGCACGGCGGGCGAACUUCACGCCUCCAUCAGCCGGACAUGAUCUCACGGUCUCCCGGCGUCUCUCCAACCGGGAUGCGGUCGCCUGCUGGCGGCAUAGUCCCCAGCUCCUCCCCGGCUGCCAAGGCCCCCUAACCCUGCCUACUUUUAUGACAUCAGCGUUUUAAAACGCCCACCCCCAGGCGGCCAGCCCGGGCUGCCUGCUGUGUGUCUGAGAGCCGCUGGUGCAUCGUGCUGUUGCUGCCGUCGCCGCCGCUGCUUUUCCUACACUAUUCUUUGGCAGACGCGUCCACAACCCCUGCGCUGGCAGAGGGGCGGCCGGCUUGCAUUGCGGUACCCCGGAAAGAGCCGCUUGGACGGACGGCACCCGAGCGAGUCCGAGUCGGUCAUGUCGCUCUCGGUGCCGCAGAACGGGAUGAGGGGAGCCACCGAGCCCGUUAUCGAGCUCUUCGUUAAGGCGGGCACUGACGGCGAGAGCAUCGGGAACUGCCCCUUUUCCCAGCGGCUCUUCAUGAUUCUCUGGCUGAAGGGGGUGGUCUUCAACGUCACCACUGUGGACCUCAAGAGGAAGCCAGCAGAUCUUCAGAACCUGGCGCCUGGCACCCACCCCCCUUUCAUCACCUACAACGGGGAGGUCAAGACUGACGUCAACAAAAUUGAGGAGUUCCUGGAAGAUGUGCUCAACCCUCCCAAGUACAACAAGCUGGCCACUCGACACCCCGAGUCCAACACUGCUGGCAUGGACAUCUUUGCAAAGUUUUCUGCCUUCAUCAAGAACUCCAAGCCUGACGCCAAUGAGGCUCUGGAGCGUGGUCUACUGAAGACCCUGCAGAAGCUGGACGAGUACCUGAACUCUCCGCUGCCUGAUGAGAUCGAUCACCAUAGCACCGAGGACGUCAAGAUGUCCACACGGCACUUCCUGGAUGGGGACGAGAUGACACUGGCCGACUGUAACCUGCUGCCCAAGCUGCACAUCCUCAAGGUGGUGGCCAAGAAGUACCGUGGCUUCGAGAUCCCCAAGGACAUGCGGGGCAUCUGCCGCUACCUGGCCAACGCCUACAGCCGUGAGGAAUUCACCAACACCUGUCCCAGCGAGAAGGAGAUAGAGAUCGCCUAUGCCGACGUAGCCAAGAGGCUGGUCAAGUAGACCAGGGAACCCCUUGUGUACUGGCAGACAGACAGACACAUAGACAGAAACACAUACAGACGGACGGACUCACGCGUGCACACACAGAAGGACGGACUCGCGCGUGCGCACACACACACACACACACACACACAGACGGACGGACUCAUCUCGCCCUAUGCGAAUCUGUACAAUUUCCUCGUCUCUUCAUUUUGAAACAGAUAUUGCAUGUGUUCAUGUGUUUUUCUCUCGUUCUUUUGUCUUAUGAUGUAGGACUCUGAGAUUCUCUUUGUGUUGUUUUCUUUUCUUUGACUUCUCAUGAAGAAAUAUUCUGGCUGCCGAUUUUUAGUUGCUCCUUAUGAUGAUGACAAAAUCUGGGCUGUGGAUCCUCCCUUUCCAGCCACUAGGGGGUGUUUAUUGGCCACCCCCACCCCCCCGGCACUAAGGGCCAUUUUGCCAUUUUGUCUCUGUUCUGACCUUCUCGAGCUGUGUCAUUGUGGUGCUCCCCCACCACCCCCCCCCCAUCUCCCUCGCUGCUUUCACCUACUUGCCCAGAUUAUGUGUAAAUGUUCCAUUUGGAUUUUGGGAGCCCUGCCUUACAGACAUUGGCAAACUACAUUGUGCUGAUUGCCCCCGCCUGUGUGAGUCGCUGUCAGGCUUGGGGGGUGGGAUUUGGUGUCCUCCGGUGGUGAUGAGCAUGUGGCCGUUUAACCCUUUCCCGUCACGGCCGAGGCGGAUACCCGCUCGCCGGGCCUUUGGUGCUUGUGCUGCACUCAUCCACCACCCUGCUUUUUUCAUUUCUUUUUAUGAUUGUCAUAGAUUUCAGAUGAAUGUUCAUCGCGCCCCCUGCUCGCACCUCCUCUCCCAGGCCUCCUCUCCCCAAGCCCAAGUGCCGAUUGCUAUUUUGUCUCUAUUUAAUUUCUGUUCCUCUGCUGGCAGUUAACAAUAAAUGACUAUAUAUUUUCACAUCA